AUGAAUACUAAUCACUUUUUGACAAAUUCAUCAUCAGGUGAGGUGCAGGACUCUUUGGACAUUGGUCUGACUGAGGUUCCUCCCAUAAGGAAGCCCACCAAAGACAGUCUAUGGAAGGAGAGUGCUGUCCAUCAACACCGUCAGCAGCUGAAGACCAAGAUGAAGUACAAUAAAGUUGAGGAUCCUAAAGCGCCGUAUGCCAAACAAUGUAAGAUGUCAGUGAAUGGACAUCGUGGUGAAUGCUGGUGUGUGAAUCCACACACAGGAAGACCCAUCCUCAACUCUCCACUGAUUAGGGGUGAUCCCAACUGCAGCCAGUACCUUGAUGCCCUAGAGAUGGAUCCCUCUGUGGAGCCUCAAAACAAAAUGAUGUCCUGAACCUUCUCAUCCCUCCCCAUCUUGACCUUCAAGCCUACAAUCCCACACCCAUGCCCCUAAAGGAGUCAGUGUUUUACACUCUCUAAACAAGCUAUCUAUACAACUUAUGUGUUUAUACAUGUUUGCGCUUCUAGGUUUGAAACAGUAUUGUUACAGUAAAAGUACUGAUAUAACUGAGUUUAUAGUACUCAUUAAAUCCAAGCUAAGUGAUGACAUAUGACCAGAUGACUGAUAUUAGCAGGCUUGUACUACUACAUACUAUGGAACGAUAUUCCGGACAAUUUUCAAAUAG